UGUUCUGUUCUGUCUCUCUCUCUCUCUCUCUCUCUCUCUCUCUCUCUCUCUCUGCGGCCUUCUCCUUCUUCUUCACCGGCACUACUCUACCGGCCGCAAAAGCACACACGAACGCGACAGGGCGAUCUACUAGGCUGGUUACGUGCAAACUAAUCACGGACGAUACUUUAUCGAACCGAUGAACGAAGUCAAGCCCGAACUGGACGGCCAACACGUUCACAUAGCUUAUAAGAGAGAUGCGCCACAUGAGAAACAGACCAAUGGGAGCGAUUUACCGAAAGGACAUUGCGGAACCAAAGACGACUGGGAAAGUUCGUGGGCUGAACAAUUGACGAAGUUACAACAUCGAAUAGAAAGAAAUAAUACUUUGGGAUCGAAACGUGAAACACCGAUCUCGGGUACUCAUAGUAUUCAUCGUUUUAUCGAAAUCGGCUUGAUAGCUGACAGAAGAUUUCUUGAUUUUCACAAUAAUACUAAUUACGAGCAAUAUUUGUUAACGAUCAUGAAUAUGGUAUCGGAUUUUUAUCACGACAGUUCUAACGGUAAUCAAAUCGACGUCGUUGUCGUACGUAUUAUUUAUUUGGAAAAGGAAAAAGAAGAGAUAGACUUGCUAAUAAGUCCAAUGGCCGAGGAUACUCUGACCAGUUUUUCCAAAUGGGCGGAGAAAAUAAAUCCGAAGGAUCACAAACAUCCUAAUCACUAUGACGUCGCUGUACUCGUGACUAGGUAUGACAUUUGUUCGGAAGGGACCAAUUGCGACUUGAUGGGUCUUGCUUACGUUGCGGCUGCCUGUGAUCCGCCAAAAGCUUCUUGCAUCAACGAGGAUAGCGGAUUGUUGCUUGGAAUUGUGAUAGCUCACGAAGUCGGUCACGUAAUGGGUUGUUCUCACGACGACGAGAAAAUAAGUGGCUGUACGAGACAAGACAAAGACGGAAGUUUUUUCGUUAUGUCACCCAUGGUCUUCCUUUUCACGAUCAGGUGGUCGACUUGUAGCAGAAGAUUUAUAACAUCCUAUUUGGAGAGCGGCUUAGGAGAUUGUUUGAACGACGAUCCAAGAAGUCCUGGAGCGAAAUAUUCUUAUCCCAAUAUGUUACCAGGCGUUAUGUACGAUGCUGAUUUUCAAUGUCGGAUGGAAUAUCCUGGAUCGAAGGCUUGCACGUCUGGCCAGUUCAACGAUUGUGGCUCUCUUUGGUGUUUGACCAACUCAAGUUGUUAUUCACAUGGAACGCCUAAGGCCGACGGAACGAAGUGCGGCGAGAACAAGUGGUGCAUUCACAAGAACUGCGUGGAUAUGGGUUCCCGACCAAAAGCAGUGAACGGUGGAUGGGGCGCAUGGGGUCCUAUGGGUUCUUGCAGUAGGACUUGCGGUGGUGGCGUUAAAUUUUCGGAAAGGGAAUGCGACAAGCCAGUGCCGGCAAAUGGCGGUAGAUAUUGCAUCGGCGAGAGGAAGAAAUUCAGCAUUUGCAAUACUACGCCCUGUGAUCCAAAGAAGCCACCGUUUCGUGCGGUUCAAUGUUCCGCGUACAACGAUAGGAGCGUAUUGACUGACGGACCUCAUACAUGGACACCAUAUUUGACCGAGACCGUGAAUCCAUGUGCACUUUACUGUAUCAACGAAAAAAAUAGUUUCACCAAACUAUCCCCUACUGCAAACGAUUCAACCCCUUGCAAAGGAGGCACGAACCAUAUGUGCAUUUCAGGAGUUUGUAGGAAAGUAGGUUGCAAUUGGGUGAUCGAUUCGGAUGCAGUUGAGGAUAAAUGCGGAAUUUGUAAUGGCGACGGAACGAAGUGUACGAUAACCGAAGGAGAUUUUGACGAGACUGUUGCAAGAGGAGCUUACGUCAAAAUUGUAACGGUGCCGCGUGGCGCACGAAGUAUAAUGAUAAUGGAGAAGAAACCUGCGCAAAAUAUAUUCGCAGUGAAACUACCUAAGGAGAACAAGUAUUGUUUGAAUGCGAACAAUAAAGAGGAGAGGAGUGGCGAUUACUCAUGCGCUGGUACGAUGAUAAUUUACUCCCGUGCGGAGCCGGAUAAGGAGGAGAUCGCGAUGAAGGGUCCGAUCGACCAAGAUGUCGAUCUCGAGUACGUGUUUUUCUAUCCUAAAGUGAAUCCAGGGAUUCACUAUAGUUACUCGACUGGAACUCCAACCAACGUGUCGUCCGUUACACCGAAAUAUAUGUGGGAUUUUGUCGAGUGGUCGGAAUGCAGUGCCAACUGUGGUGGUGGCUCGAUGUUGUCCGAACCAACUUGCGUCGAGGAACACAGUGGGAAAGUUAGUCCAACGUUCUGCGAUGGUAUACCGCAACCAGAAUCGAAAAGCCGAGUAUGCAAUCAGGAGCCCUGUUCUGCAAAGUGGAGAGUAAGUCAGUGGAGCAAGUGUAGCGCGUGUGACGGUAACAAAGGCACGAGGCAUCGUAAAAUUCAAUGUGUGAGAAUGAGUGGUCAACCAGACGAGGAAGCCAUUCAAGCAAAUUUCGAUGCUUGUAAGGGUCGCGUACCACGACAAACGGAGGAUUGUGUUGGUACGAGACCGUGUAAGAAAACAUGCGAGAAGAAAACUCGAGAAUCGAUAAGGAACGAAUUGAUCGAGGAUGACGAGAGGGAUGAAAAUUUAACGGACGAUGAUAAACGUAGAAUGAUCGAUAGAUUUGUGGAUCUUGGUUUGGCACGAUAUCUUGAGAAUAUUCGUGCAGCGACGAAGUUCAUUGGUAAAAAUUACGAUAAAAACGAAUCGAAUGAUUUCCGACGGUUUUUACGAGAUUGGGUGAUGAAUUCUGAAGAGGAGGAGGAGGAGGAGGAGGAGGAAGCAAAGGAGAAGGAAAGGAUUAGAAAAAAGAAGAUCGAAGAUGAGAACAAAAAGAAACGUACUUGUGUGUUACCAGAAGUUGAGAAAAAUUUCACUACACCGAAACCUGGCUCGAUAAUAAAAGAUUCGAUUCCCGUUGAAAAUGUAAUACUGAUGAAUGCACCUUACGAGGAACAAUCGUUAUUAUCCAAUCUAUCGGACAAAGCUUUCCAAGAGUCUGGUGACAUAGUUGGAAUGAGUAUCGAUACUAAACACCUAAAAACUUAUAAAGGCGAUGAAGCUGUUAGGAUGAUAGAAGAACUCGCUAAUAAAAAAGAACCGAAGAACAAUUUGACCGACGAGAAGUUGGCAUUACAGAAAUCAGAAAAUAAAUCCGAUCUAACGAUAUAACUUCAUUUUUCUUUUCUCAAUAACGUUUGCUGCCCGCUUUUUUC